CGCGUUCGGCUCGAAGACUUGCCUCCCGACCAUUGGCUCUUCCUCACGCCUGACGAAUGCAGAGACCUGGACGCCAUGCCUGCGGUGACUUUCUGCGAGGCCGACGGCUCCACGCGCACCGUCGAGACCAAAAGCAUCCGCAGCUAUGUCUCCAUCGGCGCCUCCGCGAGGCUGCACCUGCACCCGGAGCUCACGCGCACCAUGCCGGACGGUGGCCACGAGACGUUUCUAUGCGAGAGUUGCGCGCGGCCGCUGUCGGAUCCGGCGGCCGCUCCGCCUUCGCGACCCUUGGCUUCGGGACGGGAUUUCGGGCUGCUUUCUCGAAUCGGGCUCGAAACUCCUUCCGAGGCUGAAGCCCUUGCCCUCGCAGACGUGCGCCUCUACAGCCUCGUGGCCAAAAUAUAUGUCCCUGGACAGCGCUCCAGCGCAGCAUCUAGGUCUGUCCUCAAGGGCCACAUGAUCGCAUUCGUCCACGACGGGCCCACCGCCAUCGAAGCCCAGUUCAACGCCGCCCGACUCCGCAACGUACUGGAGCACAUCCAGGUGGUCUACGUCGGCAACACCGACCGAGUCACCAACCUCGAACGCCACGCUCUUUCCAUGAAGAGCGUGCAGAUGCGACCCCAUGUACUCUACAACCACCUCUCGCUACGCCGCGCCCUCGGACACGUGGCCUCCACAGACGCAUCCCCUCCGAUUGCGCACGUCGCAGCCUUGCUGGCUGACUGGUCUGCUUCUCUGUCAGCUCGCUCCCGUCACGCGGACACAGACGACGUAGAAGAGGCCAGCCGGCCAUCGGAUAUCGCCAACGUCAGGGACGUCGCCAUGGACGACCUCCACCAGGCGCAGAUUCAGUGGAAUCGCGAUCCACAGGAUACCGUCCUCGGACAACCUACCGAGCCCCAGGGCGACAUUCACGCAGAGCCCACGCUGUCCUUGGACCCAGUUGGCGUCUUCUUGCAAUCCAGCGACGCCGUGGCUGGCAGUAUCUUUGAUGGUCUCGUAGACACCCUUCGAGCGUCCAGCCGCGCCGACCCCGAAGACAUCCACGACGAACGCCAAGAGCAACUGGAUGCCACCCCUGCUGGCCCACCCUUUCACGCCUCCGCCUGUGGCCCGCCACCCGCGAAGUGCCGACGACUGAAGCGCCCCAUGAACGAGUUCACCAACAACGCCGACUUGCUGUACGGCGCCUUCUGGUUCCUCUUUCCGUUGCGGGCCGGCUUGGUUUCCCAGGGCCCCUUGAGCAUACACGAGUCCAGACACAUACUCACCCAGUUCCACAACGGCUUCGCCCAUUGCCACAAUUUCAUAUUCCUGCUUGCGAACCAAAUACAACGCCACGCUGCUGCCAGGGGGGUCGCUCUGCGCGUGAAGACGGACCCUUUCAGCUUCAAAGCCUUCGCAGACAUGGUCGCCGACAAAGAUGUCUACCUCGACCGACUGGACCGCGCGAAGGCAGAUCCCACCAGCACAGAGGCCCGGGCGCUACAAAAGCAAGUGCUCCGGUUCGUGACGUCAUCUGGUAAGACCAUCCCCUGGAGCGGUGAGGAAAGAGCUUCUGAAACCACCAAGCUCUACGAUUUACAGAGGAGGUUCGGCCCCUUCAGCUCCUUCCUGACCGUGGCCCCGGACGACGUGCACCAGCCUACCUCUAUCCGCUUGUCUUAUCGGCACGCGGGAGACCCGUGCGGCCAGCCGCACCAAUGGCCCGCCGACGAAGCUGGCCUACUGCGCGUCCUUCGCAAACAGGGCAACGAGGAGGACGUCUCCGCGUUCUCCGAGAAGUCCGCGCCGCACUGCGCGGACGAGUCGUACACGUUCUCCAUGGGCGAGGCAUUCCUGCAGCGCUUGGCGACUCUGAAUCCCGUGGCAACCACGUUGCUGUGGGAACAGAUGGCGGAGGCUAUCUUCACGGAGCUCGUGGGCAUGCCGCAGCACCACAAACGGAGGAAGUCGCAGCUCAUCGACGAGAACAUCCCCCACCGUGGCAUCUUCGGAACCCCAUGGGCCUGGCAUUUCGUGACCGAAACAAACGGCCGCAAGUCCUUCCACUUCCACUCCGGUGUCAUCGCAGGGGCCUCUCCUACAUUGUUGGCCGACGUGGCUGGGUACCCACGCUUGGAGGCCGCUGUGCACGCAGCCCUGGACUCGAUGUAUACGGCCCACGUGCCAGCCGACUUGCACGCCAUCGACGUGGCCCGCCGGACGUUGCGUAUACCAGCGGAGCGUCAGGCUUUCUUCCAGACCACCGACACGCCCACCCCAGAAGCCGUCCGAGAGUUUCACAUAGAUGCCGCCAUCACAGCUCUUACCACUGGACUACAUACACACGCGGCCACCUGCCACAAAGGCAAAAAUGGCAAGCUCGGGUGCCGCAUGGCGAAACCCUCUGGACACCCCGUCCCCCAGUCUCGCGUCCUCGCAAUCCUGCCCGACGAACCCGCGCAGGGCACCGUGGACUGGUCUUGCAAGUACUGCACCCCAGGAUACGACCCGAAACAACGACCAGCGACUGCACUUUGGGCUCGCAGGCCUCGCCCUGGUGAUGGGGCUGCCAACGUCGUCCUCUCCUACGAGCACGCUCGCCCACACGUGGAACCCGAUUCAGGCCGGUUGCGCGACAUCAUGAACAUGCCCCGCGCCGAUUUGGAGUCACUGGAUCCCUCUGCAGCGCACGGGAUGUUCCGAGACGUGUGCCGCGAACUCAGCAGCCUUUUGUCCAGACCUACUCAAGGCCGCAACCUGAACGACUGCCUGAAUUCAUGUAGUCAAAACGACGCUCGUGCCAUCCUUCUCGCUUGGCACGGCAUGCGAUGCCGAAAUGCGGCCCUCGUGGAGUUCAGCCCCACCCUCUCGGGAUGCAUCCGGAGCAACACCGCACCUCUGCACCUCGGUGCCGGGGAGGCUGCGAAGGGAGCCGGCAUGUACAUGGUGAAGUACCUCGUUAAAGAGGCUUACGAUCUGGCAGCCUCGUUAUCCGUAUUGGCGGACGCUCGUCGUCACAUUGACCUCUACCCGUCCUCGGCUGACGACGCAGGCACCGCAGCACGGUGCACUCGCCACUUCCUACAACGAGUUCUCAAUUCCAGUGCCGCCGUGCUUGCCCCGACACAGGCGGCUGCGAUCGCUCUCGGCGUCGCGUCAAGCGGACAUUCUCACACAUGCGUCAAUGCCUACGUGUGGGACGCCGUCCACCUCAGACGUCUAUUGCCCACCGGGGUCUCCCUGCUGUCAUCUUCGUCCUCCGACAACCCUCCGCCCGCCCCCGAUCCGCCCGACAGCGAGGAUUCGCCCUUGGGCCAACGCGAUGCCGACGCAUGCACUGGCGACCCUGACGACGUCGACGCGGCAGACGAAUGCGACCAUCCACGCCGAGGCACCUGCAGCAUCUACACCACUUCAGACGGAACGCCGAUUGCAUUAUCGCAGGCUGACCACUACGCGCACCGGUCCCAACAACUCGCCGACCUCACUUUCGACGAGCUCGUCAUGGGGAUGCGCAUCUAG